UCCGGCGGUGUGAGCGGGGGGUGGUCCUGAGCCGCUCCGAAGGGGGGAAGUCCUUCGUCUAUUUAUUUUUUUCUUUCUCUUAUCUCACCCUCCCACCCAUUUAACGUCGCCAUAAUCGGGGUUUAUCCGUGUCUCCGGGCCGCCGGUGGUCACUUCCCCGUUUAUUUUUUAUUUUUGUGUGUCCGGUGCGGUGGAAAGCACCGGGACUCCCUCCCCUCCCGUCCCCGCCUCCCCCCCACCCUCGUUCCGCUCGCCGAUCUAAACGUCCCGGAGGUCCAGCUGAUCGCUCCGAGAGGAUCCGCCAGUUGUUACGCUUCGAACCGAAGCCGUUUGUUCCUCUCAACGGCUCCCCCUUCAACCGCCCUGCCUCCCCGGGUCGUGGACUCUAACGGAAACCGACGCUCUGCCGUUCUUUUGUCCGGUUCUGCUCGGCAGUUGGAGCCGUUUUCCUCCGCCGCGGACCAGGCCCCGGACUCAUCCCCGGCCUCGCGUUUCCUGAUCGGGGCGGCUCUCAGAGGGGGAGGUCGCUGGAAGAGCCAUGGGCGACACGAGCGAGCGCAGCAAACCGUCCUCUCUCCCUCCCCGGUGUCCCUGCGGAUUUUGGGGGUCCAGUAAAACCAUGAACUUGUGCUCCAAAUGUUUUGCUGAUGUCCAGAAGAAGCAGCCGGAGGACGACUGCACCUCCAAGCCAAUCCAAAGUUCUGGGAGCAGCCAGUCGUCGGUUUUCAGCAGCGAGACCAGCAGCAGCAGCAGCCAGGCCCUGUCGUUGUCGCUGCCGUCCAGCUCAGAGGCGCCGUCCGCCGCCGAGUCGUCGGCCAUGUUUUCCAGCCGGACGGAAGGCGUGACAUCCACAGAAACAGGCCAAGGCACACUCUGCACGCCCACAAAACGUCCGCGCGAGUCAGCCUCCGGGUCGGAGAGCGAGGCGACGCCGGAGAAGCGGCCGCGGACAGAAGAGAAGGAGGGGAACGGCGAGGAGGCCCGCGGGACGCCCAGACAGAAGAACCGCCGGCGCUGCUAUCGCUGCCAAACCAAACUAGAGCUGGUGCAGCAGGAGCUGGGCUCGUGUCGCUGCGGCUACGUCUUCUGCAUGCUGCACCGUCUACCCGAGCAGCACGACUGCGUGUUCGACCAUCUGGGCCGCGGGCGCGAGGAGGCCGUGCUCAAGAUGGUGAAGCUGGACCGCAAGGUGGGCCGCUCGUGCCAACGCAUCGGGGAGGAGUGCUCCUGAUCGGCGCCGUGGCGACCCGCCGUCCCGUUACAGAGAUGAGGCACUUACAACGAGGAGGAGGAGGAGGACUGGGGGAGGGGAGGGGAGGGGUGGAUGAAAACGAAGAGGAGGGGAGGGGCGGGGGUGGGCUCGGUUCUAACAUCCUGCAUCUGACCCAAUAAAUCUGGAUCAUCGUUGACGUCCUGGUUUCCUGCCUGGAGCGUCUGUUCAGACUCUGGCCCUGUGUGGGUAACCUGUGACCGUUCAGUACCGCAUGCACACACACACACACACACACACACACACACACACACACACAGCCUUAACCCCGCCCCCCCCGCCCUCCACAGGAAGGACUGAGACAGAUUCAGCCGGACAGACAUCACGCACAGCUCUGCUGCGUCUCGCCGUGGUUCCCUCCUCUUGGCUCCGCCCACAACAGGAAGUCACCAGGAACUGUUCUGGUGCUCGGCUCAUUCGGAUUCUCCUUCAGCACACUUUGCUUUAUUCUUCCGUUUUCCAUGACUCGGUCGGGGGCGGGGCGCUCGCCGCCGCCCCACGGCCUCUCCUCAGGUCGCCAUCUGGGGGGGUCGGGGCGUCACACCUGCAACCCUCCUUCCUCUUCCUUGUUUCUUCCUUUUUCUUCCACACCGCUUCGGUCCGCGUGCGGCGUCAGAGCGAGGCUUUGCUUCUGCGGGGGUUCCAGCAGCAUGUAGGGCAGCUCUGGAUGGCGCCGGGAAGUUUGCAGCGUCAUGGAAGACGACGGCCGGUCGCUGCCUCAGCCCAUGAGCAAAACGAUAAGUAGAAAUAUUAAUGAGGAAACACUAACGGACGACAAAUCCUCUGUAGCAGAACCAGCCUCUCCCCCCGUCCCUCGGUGCUGCUCUGAGCGCAGAGAGCGACGCGGCCCGAUUUCUGCAACGUAAACGAUCGGGAUGUCGUUUGUCCGCAGAUUUUAGCAGAAGUCACCGUUAUGGCCUCAAAGAGAAGCAGGACGCUACAUAGAUCAGCUAGCAGGACGCUACGUAGAUCAGCUAGCAGGACGCUACGUAGAUCAGCUAGCAGGACGCUACGUAGAUCGGCUAGCAGGACACUACUUAGAUCGGCUAGCAGGACGCUACUUAGAUCGGCUAGCAGGACGCUACUUAGAUCGGCUAGCAGGACGCUACGUAGAUCAGCUAGCAGGACGCUACGUAGAUCAGCUAGCAGGACGCUACGUAGAUCAGCUAGCAGGACGCUAAGCAGAUCAGCUAGCAGGACGCUACGUAGAUCAGCUAGCAGGACGCUACGUAGAUCGGCUAGCAGCGCGUCCAGGCGGGAAUGGAGGCGUUCUCCCCUCAGCAGAGCAGCGGUUCCGACGUCAGAUUCAGCCAGCCUGCUCUGGGUUUGAUCCUUCGGCUGGUUUUGGCUGCAGAGCUCCAACAUUUUCUGCUUUCCCGUCUUCCUUUCUGAGGUUCUGUUUCGCUCUCACCGAUUGGGCCCCGCUCGGCCCGGCCGCCGUGCGUUCUGUCCAGUUCUUCUCAUCCCGUUCUCCAGACAGACUUCUCCCGACCUCGGUUCUGACCCUGCAGACGUUUUCUUCCUCCUCGCCGUUUUAAAGUUCGGAGCCGCCGUCUGUUGAAAGCAGAUCCAGAACCAACGCGUGGCGCGGCGCGGGAACGUUGGACAGUACCUUUUAUUGUAAGAUCAGGAGAAAUGAGAAGCAGCAGGCAGAACAGGAUCCUGAUUUGGGUUGAAAACCCGCCGGGCACCACUUUACUAUGCUAAUCCUCGGCCUUGGUUCCUCCCUCCUUCACCUCUCCGUCCUUCUGAUGAGAACCCGGCCGAGCCUGGGAGGGUUCUGGAGAGGUUCUGGCUCUGGUUCUCAUUCCGAGGCGUUUCUUUUUCUUUGUGUGUUUUAAUGAGAAACAGAAAAAAAAGAUUAUCUUUCUGUACCUUUUUAAAAGAAGAAAAUUAUUUAACCUUAUAUCAGUUUGAGUUACUUACACCCUAGCAUAGAGUGGCAUAUUUAGUUAAAUGUAUAAAAGCAAGAACAUAAUUCUGUCCUAUUUUUUUUUUCUCUCUCUCUUUAAUUUUAUCAUGUUCCACUUUUUUUCUGCUGAGGAAAUUAAACUGGAUUAGAGGAUGUUG